AGUGCAAAUUCACCUGCACCAGUGGCAAGUGCUUGUAUCUUGGCUCACUGGUCUGUAACCAACAAAAUGAUUGUGGGGACAACAGUGAUGAAGAGAACUGUCUGCUUGUAACAGAGCAUCCGCCUCCAAGCAUCUUCAGCUCGGAACUAGAGUUCGUUCAGAUCAUCAUCAUAAUCGUGGUGAUAACUGUUAUGGUAGUGGUGAUCAUCUGCUUGUUGAACCAUUACAAAGCAUCAACACAAUCCUUCAUCAGUCGGCAGAGCCAAAAUAGGAGGCAAGAGGAAUCAUUGCAACCAGAAGGGUGUUUGUGGCCUUCAGACCGCUCUUCUACACGUCCAGGAGCUUCAGAGAUCAUGUACGCCCCACGGUCCAGAGACAGGUUUACUGCUCCAUCCUUUAUGCAGAGGGAACAUUUCAGUCGCUUCCAGCCAACUUAUCCAUACAUGCAGCAUGAGAUUGAUCUGCCUCCUACCAUCUCCCUCUCUGAUGGUGAAGAGCCACCGCCAUACCAAGGGCCAUGCAUGCUGCAGCUUCGGGACCCAGAGCAACAGAUGGAACUCAACCGAGAAUCUGUCAGGGCACCACCCAAUCGGACUAUAUUUGACAGCGACUUGAUAGACAUUUCAAUGUACAAUGGGGGCCCCUGCCCACCAAGCAGCAAUUCGGGCAUAAGUGCAACCAAUUAUAGCAGUAAUGGAAGGAUGGAAGGACCACCCCCGACUUACAGUGAGGUCAUGGGGCAUUAUCCCGGUUCCUCUUUUUUCCAUCACCAGCAAAGCAAUGCGCCUCCUUCGUCGCAGAGGGGAAGCAGACUUCAGUCUCAGCAGAACAAUUCAGAGAGCACAAUAGUCCCUGUUAAAGGCAAAGACAGGAAACCAGGAAACCUUGUCUAGGUUUCUUUUCUAUGUGCACUUGAAGAGAGACGGGAGAAUCAAAUGGGAGCAUGAUGGAAUUUCCAGUGCUCCUGUGCACAAUAUUGUUAAGUUUCAUGUAAUACAGUUUAGUAAAACCAAACGUUCAAAACUGUUUUUAGUUUCUGAUUCCUGUCGGGAGAAUUGCAUGAAAAGUGGUUUAAAAUAAUUGCAACCUUCCAUUCAGUUUGGCCACAAACAGUGUUUUUGGGAAAAUAUAUUUUUUUUAAUAAACUAUUUGAAUUAUUUAAUUCUAAGAGGUAACUUAGCACAGAAAUAUGGCUUGUACAGCCUGUUUUAUAUUACGCAAAUGGCUGAAAGAAGGCAAGAAAGCGUUACUAGCUAAAUGGGGGCAAAAUUGGCCAGUUUGCUUUCCCUUCCCCAUCCGUGAGUGUGGAAUUUUUUAUGAUUCAGCAUUUCUGUUUUGUGUGCCAAGGUAUAAAGUUUUAAAAACCCACAAAAACUAGAUGAAUUCAAGGAGUUAAUUUGUGUUGUGAUAUAAGUGUGUUAAAUUUGCACUAUCUUUUAAUGUUUUAAAAAUAUAUAUAUGAGGGAGCUGUUUAACAUUAAGUUCUUCUAUAUGUUGUCUUUUCACCUGUGGAAUGACGAUUCCUGAGCAACCCUCUUCAGGACUUUGCCCAGCCCUCUAUUAAUACUCAUCAGUAUGAGACUAUUGAAUUUAAUCUAAUAUCUACUAUUUUACAUAAAAAUUAAGUAAAUGUCAAAGGACUUUAACAUGUUACCUUUGCAAUAAUUUUCAUUCAACUAGUAGUGCGUCAGCAAGAUGGAUUGGAGUUAUGGCUGGAAGAAAGGAAAUGUGAUAUUAUGGAAGUUCACCUCCUUCAGGUGGUUUUAGCUAUAAGCCAUUUGUUUAAGUAGAAGCAAAUGGAAAUGCUGGACACAUUUACUUUUUUUGUAAUUAUAACAAACUUCUACUGCUUGUUUCCUUUCUCUUUUUUUAACAAUGCCGUGUCAGCAGAUUUUUAUCUCCACUGUAGCCCAUAAUAUAUUCAGUCACAUUACAUCCUACAAUAAAUGGUAUUAAAAUGCAAGGUGGGUUUUUCCUGUUAAAUUAACACUUCUGUUGUGCUUUUAUAGAAUUGCUUGUCUCUUAGUGCUGAGGAUCUAUCGCUCAAGUGGAUGGAUCUCUUCAAGUCCUCUCUUCAUUUUACGUUGUUUCUUCAACUGGGUAGACAUUGCUAAUGGGCUCUAUGGAGCCUGUACUAUUAGAAUAUUACUGUGAAUUGUCUGGGAAAAUCAGUUGAUCAGGUUGGAAUUGGCAUAGCCCUAUCUUUAUGCAUUGACCUGAAUUGGUUGUUAUCAAAAUCAGCAA